GCCCCUUUCUCUUCUUCUCCCUCCCACCCAAAUCCCCCGCUCGCCACGACGAACCGCCGCCUGCGAUGACGCGCCGAAGCCGGGAACGCCGCGCGGCCGCCGGCGACGGAGACCCCGCCGGCCCCCCGCAUUACGCCCCCGACGAGGAGCGCCGCCUCGCCGAGGAGGUGCUCUACCUCCACUCCCUCUGGCGCAGGGGCCCGCCCGCCCCCGCCCCCGCCGGGCCUCCCGCGCCACCCGCCGGAGGCUCCCGCGCCAGCGCCGGAGGCUCCCGCCCCAACCAGCGGAAGCGCCGCAGGACCGAGCGCACCGCCGCGGAGCCCGAGGAACCCGGCGCCGACUGGCCCCUCGCGCCCUCCCCGCCCGCCUCCCCAUCCCCCGCCUCCUGGCCCGACGCCGCCCCCUCCUCCCCCGCUCCCAGGCCGCCGCCGCAGCAGCAACCUUCCCCCGCCUCGCUCGCGCAGCGGGACGCCCUCCGCGCCGCCGAGGAGUUCUUCUCCGCGCGCGGCUCCUCGGGCGAGGACGGCGACGGCGAGUCCGAGGGGUCCGAGUCGGAGGACGGCGGGGACGCGGCGGCGGGGUUCUUCCUCGGGCUGUUCGAGCGGGACGCCGCGCUGCGGGGGUACUACGAGCGGUGCCACGAGGAGGGGGAGUUCCGGUGCAUGGGGUGCGUGGGGAGGAAGAGGAAGGGCAGGGGCCAGGCCAGGAGGUUCCGGGACUGCAAAAGCCUCGUGCACCACGCGCGCGACGCCACGCGCUGCGGGAGGCCGCUGGCGCACCGCGCGCUCGCCGCCGCCGUCUGCCGCGUUCUCGGCUGGGACGUCAAGCGGCUGCCCAGCAUCGUCAUCGACCCCUGCGGCACGCUCGGCCAGGCGCUGCUCGCCAGGGAGGGGGCGAGUGCCGCCGCUUCCACCGCCCAGGAGGCAAAGGAGAAUGUUGAUAGUGUGGACAAUGAUGGCAUGGAUGCAGUGAAGGAGGAUGUUGGUUUGGACAAGAACGGCUCCUUGAAUGAUGACAGGAAGGAGGAUGUUGAUAGUAGAAUGAAUGAGGCCGCAUUAAGUGAUGGGGAUGGAGCAAAGGACGGUGUUGAUACAGGGAAGAUUGGCUCUCCAAGUAAUGACAAUGAUGGAGAGGUUCAUGGGCAAGACAAUGAUACAAGAACUGUUGAAAAGGAAGGUGCUAUUGGCAAUAAACAGGAGCAUCCUAAGAGUGCAGAUGCUAUGGGGGGCACUUGUGAUGUCAGACCAGAAAACAAUUCAUCAAAGGAAGAAGCUGCUACAGAGAAUAAGGAGGAGCAUACUGACGGUGUUGUUGACUCCGGAGAUGAUAUUGGUAACUUGGGAGACAAUUUAGUGGACUCAUCAAAGGUGUACUCGUGCACUCAUGACAUCUGGACAUCACGAAAGGAGAUUCUAGAUUGACAAGCCACUCACUGAACGUGUUAUCGUCCACCUGCCCAUCCUACCCUCGCCAGUUUACAGCCCUCUCAUCCAACCAAAAACCUUAACCCAUGACUGAGCAGGGCCAACGAUGAACGGGCAUAAUGCCACAACAAUAACGACGGCCCAUUUCUGCCUGCCAACUCAAAGCCUUGUCCGCAACUGUCUUUGGCCAUCCAACCUCCGCUCCCAUGUCUCCUGCCUCCCUAACAAACCUCUGACCCUCUCGCAGCCUGAUCUGGUCACAUGGCUCGUGCCACCGAUGGGGCCAUCAUCAUGGGUAGUUGGGUACUCCCACCGACUUCACAGCUUGCACAAUGUUGUCAGAUCUGCUGCAUCUGCAUUUUAAGGAUUACACGCAAUCCCACGAUUCAUUUUGGCAUUACCCGACCUCAUGUAUAUCUUUCUUAUGCAUUUUUGGGACAUUAUAUUGCCAAGACACUGUUUAGAUAAUGGAAGCAAACACUGUUCCGGCCUCCUUCAAAAGAUACACAUGUUUGGUGCAUUAUUUUAUAUUUUUCUGUUUUGCAUUUUUGUACUGGUUUGUAAUUGUAUAUUUUGUUGAAAAAGUAGUAUGUCAAACAAUAUAUUUGUGGGUUGCAUUGGCGUA